AUGGAUUCCAUAGCCCUCAAUCUAGAAACCGCAAAGCAUAUCCUCGAAAAGCACUGCCUUGAUAUCCCUAAAUUCAAUCCCGAACAUACCUCCAAACUUACCUCCCUCACAAAUUCCCUCUACACCAUUCACAAAAUCUCUGAAACCUGGCUGUCUCAACGCAUCUUUUCACCUGCCACCAGCACAGGCAUCAUCGACCAGCUCACCAUGCUCCCUCUGACCGAACAACGCCUUUUCUGCGACCUGCUGCAGAAAUUCAACGGCACCGUACCAUGGACUCAAGAUGAAGGCAGCAAUUCAAAGGAACAUCAGCUCGUCUGGAUAUUCAGAAUGAAUUCUGAAGCGUUGAACGAGGGAAUGAAAGGGACAAAGCAGAUGAGUAGUAUUGACAUGACACCAGAGAUGUUGGCGCUCGGUACUUUCUUCGACAAACUGAAGGAGUGGGAUGCAGGUGUUAUGAGAUACACUGCGCCGCUGGACAAGAUGAGCGACGACGACAUUCAUCGCGCGUGUGCGUUAUAUUUCUUCGAUGGCAUACCGAGCCAUGCACGCAUGGAUAUUGAUGUACUGGAACGUGGGUUUGCUGUCAUUGGGAAAACAUCAAACAUGUGGGAUCAACGCCCCAAUGCAUGGUGGUUCCACAAGGAGUGCGUUACGGCCAUCCUCCGUGAGAAUGACGAGAAAGGUAACGGAGAAACGGAUGCGUUGUUUCUGCUGUUCAAGCGACUAUUUCCCGAUGUGGACUGGGCAGGUCGCGAUAGGAAGGCUAUGCAGGAUGGAGAUAUCCAGUUUUCUCGUACGGCGAGGGCGUUGAUGGUUAGCCCGACGAGGUAUUUGAAAGCGUUUCGCGAUGGAGAGAACAUAGAAGAUGUUUUGGCAGAGAAAGAGCGAGAGACUAGGUGUUCGCGGGAGUGUGAUGGGAAGACUCCGGUUGAGUUGAAGAAGCUCUGUGAGUGGCUUCGUGAACCGAAACAAAAGAUGACGUGA